GUACAUACAAUUUAGUAGCGGCCGAAACGUCGCAGCGUAAACACGAGAUUAUGGGUCCUCCGCAGAACGCAUAUACAAAAUAUUAGUUGUAGAAUGUGCACCCGAGACACACAAAAAAAACACAGUGAGAGAGAGCAAGCGAGCGAGUGACUAUAUAUACAAAAAAAUAAGUACACACCACACAGCAAGAGACCCUUGAUUCCCGAGGAAGUGUGUAACCCGUUGAUCGCGCGUUGAACGGCUCCAUUAUUAAGUGCGCGCUGUGUGUUGUGAAUACACACCUUGUUAAUCCGUUUCCGGUUGUUAUUGAGUUGUGUUGAUCUUGUCCCCGAGAAGUCCGUGACGCGAAGGUUUGCCAGAGGUGAAACACCCAGAGGAAGAGUGACCCGUGGAAAACAUUGUUCAAUUUAAACAAAGAUUCGCGCGUGAGACAAAGGAUUAUAGGUAGAGUGAAGUAUUGUGUCUAAGGGCACAGUUUUGAAUCAUCAGAAAAAGUUGCAACGAAACAAAAAUUACAACGAAUCGUGCUGGAAAUGAUCAACCUGCUGAAGGUUCCUGCCCACGCACGGCACCAGAUGUCCAGCGGGGAAUCGACGUGUCGUCACGCUCUUGAUCUGAUGUGACUUUAAAGAAGUGCAUAAUGUCCGCAGCAAAACGUUCCCACCAUCAAGUGCACAAGAAAAAAAAUGUUUCCCCGUAGCUGACCUGGUGUCUAGAGUUGUGUUGGAAUGCACUCAGCGCAUUAUUGUUUUUUUUCGCGAGCGACAAAAAAGAAAUACACAAUCGAAAGGAUUUAGUGCUGUGAAGAAGUGACGUAGAGCAAACAAAAACGUAGUGUUCCAAAAAAUCUUACAGGCAACGCGUGUGUGUGUACGCGCAAGAAGUGUUCCAAAUGUUGUCUUGCCUGGUGCCGCCUUGUUUCGGACAGCAGGAGGACAGCAGCAUAAUGCCAUCAUCCGCCAAGUUCGCCCUCCAGUUUCCAUCGCUGGCAUCCGGGCUGCCGAAAGACGAUGAAAGCAACACCCCACAGACUGAUUGCUUCCUGCAGUGUCCACAGUGUCACCAGCCACUGCAGGGGUUUCAGGCACUGAAGGAGCACAUCGAAACGGUGCAUUCCAUGAUCAAACAGGAGCAUAACUCGGCGACACCAUCGCCCCCACUAUCAGCAUUCUAUCAGCAAUCGUUCCAGCCAAUAGGUGCUUCGCUCCCAUCGCCACCCGUCUCCUCCUCCGCGCUGGACGGCAGCUGCAACGAGUCGACCUCGCUAGCGGCGACUAACCACAGAAGUAGUAGUAGUAACAGCAGCAGCAGUAGUAGCAGUCACAGCAGUAGCAGCAGUAGUAGAAGUAUCUCGGCAGGUGGCAGCUUCGGUGCCGCCACUGCGGCCGUAAUUGCCGCCGACGAAGGUGGGCGGUCUAUUAGCCCAACAUACAGCAACAGCAGCAGUAUUGGUGGUGGAAGCAGCAGUGGGGUUGGUGGCCACAUCAGCAAUAACGGUGGAGAACCCUACGCAUGCUUACAAUGCUCCGCCUCAUUCCCGAAUCGUGACUUACUUGAGAAACAUGAGCUGAUGCAUGUACCUAAUGCUCUGGUGUGCUGCAAAGUGUGCCACAAGCAAUUCGCCAACGUGUACCGCCUCCAGCGCCACAUGAUCUCCCACGAGGAGUCGACGCUGCUUCGUAAAUUCAAAUGCACAUCCUGUGAUAAGGCGUUCAAAUUCAAGCAUCACCUGAAAGAGCACGUGCGCAUCCACUCGGGGGAGAAACCGUUCGCGUGCAACAAUUGCGGCAAGCGGUUCUCCCACUCCGGGUCCUACUCGAGCCACAUGACGUCGAAAAAGUGCAUCAGCAUGGGACUCAAACUGAACAACAACAACAACAACAACAAUAGCAGCAAUGUUGCGAACCAUAACAACAACGGUAACAGUCCCAAGAGUGGUCGUCGAUCUGGAUCUGGAUACCUGCCUGGGGGUAGUCCUGAGACGGUUGGUUUCAGCAGUGGAGGUCAGUUAUUACCUGGUGGUGGAAGUGGCGCUUCCUGCUCGAAUACCAAUGGUGGUGGACCGAACGCGAAUGCGUUCCUCCCCAUGCUCCCGAAGUAUCCGCCAAGCUAUGAAGCCAUGAAUGCUGCCUUCCUGGCUUCAUUUCAGAAUCCGUUCUACCCGAUGGCUGCCAUGAAUCCAGCCUGGGUAGGGGGUAUGGAUGGCUUCCUGCUGAAGCAGCAGGCCCUUAUAGCAGCAUUCAACCCCAAAGCGCAUAGCGCAGCGGUAAAGUCUCCAAGUGUGCAUUCGAGCGCGGAAGAUAUGAUCGAGGAAGUGAUCGAAGACGGCAACGAGGAAGAGGAACCGCGACUUGUGAUGGACGUUGACGAUGAACAGGAUGAGGACUCGGAUAAGAAAGACAUCAAAGUCGAUGACGACGAGGAUGAGGAUGAGGAGCUUGAACGGAACGAACGGCAUGCAACUCCGCCAUCUCCGCGGGUAGAGAGCACCCAACAUCGGCAGCAACAGCUUCCUGCGGAAGCGUCUACUUCCGACAACGACUAUCGUAACAUCUUGGACGAUAUGAAGCAGAAGAUCCUCGAUGUGGCGCAUCGAAUGUCUGCCGGCGAUCAAAUAACGACUCACAGACAACCCAGCCCAGCGGUCAAUGUCGAGAGCAUACCGAUCAAAAUCGAACGACCAGAGUCGACCUCUCCCGAGCUCAACAUCGAUAGUGAUCAUCAGAGUUCUGCGUCGAUGCGAUCAGCUUCACCUGAGGUUCAAAUCAAGCGGGAAAUGAGAGAUGAUGACGAGGUGGAGAAGCCCACGGAACAAACACCGUCGUCGCCUGUCCUUCAGUGUCAACAGUGCAAAGCAACUUUCAAUCAUCAAACCGAGCUGGUACAGCACGAACAAGUGCUGUGUCAAUCGUUGAUGGGUCAAAACCAAAUGGUGGCGGCGGCGGCGUCGGCUUCCCAUGCUUAUCUUCCCAUGAACAGCUGCAGUGAAGACGACGGGGAUUUCGAUGGUUCCAAGUCGGCUUCCGAGCGUAGCGGCGGAAAGGUUCGCGUGCGCACUGCCAUUUCGGAAGAGCAACAGAAUGAACUGAAGAAGUAUUUCGCGCUAAACAACAAGCCCAAUCGGGAAGAAUUCCAGCUGAUUGCGAAACGGGUUGGGAUGGAGGCACGUGUGGUACAGGUUUGGUUCCAAAACAAUCGCUCCCGGGAGCGGAAGAUGGGUGGUGGUGGCAAUCUAGCGAAUGCGAGAUUACUGAUUGCAAGUGAAAUGCCCGGAUCCCCGCCGAAUGGCGCUUCCGUGGGAACACCAGCGGUGACACCCCGAGCUAUGGAAACCGAUCAACCGCUGGAUCUAUCGAUCAAAAAGACCGAUUCCAUCCCGUCAAGCUCACCCCGAUAUGGCACUGCCCCUGCGACCCAACAACACGAUUCCGCAGCUUUGCUGGACGAAGCAAUGAAUCUCAGCGUGAAGUCAUCCCGCAGUUCGACGCCGUACAAAGGUUUCUAUCCCGGUUGUUACAAUCAGUUUGCCACAGAAGCGACAAGUCGGCAGACUCCUUCACCAGAGGCUGCGCCUCGUCAGCACCAAAUUCGUCCUGCGGCGGUGCCCACAAGCUAUCCACCAUUGGCAUCGGCGACGAGCAACGGUUUCGUCGGGAUGGACCGACUCCUGCAGCAGUUCUCCCCCGAGAUGGCCCGAGCCCCCAUCCGUGCCGAUAGCCUCAGUCCGGGCUCGGAGAAACGAGCCUGGCGUGACCUGGAGCAGUACGAAGCUGCCAUGAAGCUACACCACAGUCAGACCUCGGUUCCGUACGACGACCAGAAGCUGUUCCAGAUGCAGUCGAUGCUGAACGUUCCCAAGCGGGUGCUUUACUCGGCGGCGGCAGCAGCAGCAGCUGUCGCUGCCAACACCGGCAAGGAGUUGCCCGAUGCCGAGGGCCAGUAUGUGUGCGACCAGUGCGAUAAAGCGUUCAGCAAACACAGCUCACUGCAGCGGCACAAGUAUGAACAUUCAGGUCAGAGGCCCUACAAAUGCGUCGAGUGUCCAAAGGCAUUCAAACACAAGCAUCAUCUGACCGAGCACAAGCGGCUCCACAGCGGCGAGAAACCAUUCCAGUGUGGCAAGUGUCUCAAGCGGUUCUCCCACUCGGGCUCGUACAGCCAGCACAUGAACCACCGCUACUCGUACUGCAAGCCCUACAGGGAGGAUAAAUCAAACGCCUCCUCUUCCUCCUCCCUGUCGCAUCAUCAUCCGCAGCACCGACCAGGGCGGCGUGGUCGGCGGGUGGGAGCCGGAGCCGGCUCGUUGGCAUUCUCCGGUCAUCCACACUCUCAACCUCAUCCGCCGCCACCGCCUCCGCCUCCUUCCGCUCUAGGUAUCGCACCACCACCCACGGGACAGUUCCAAUCAUCACCACUGCCGGUUUCGUACUUCGAUCGGCGACUGCUGAUGGACAGCUAUCUCAACACGAGCUUCCUAACCUACGGCGCUCUUCUCAAAAGAUGCUACCAAUGUCGUUCGCGAGGUGAACUAGGUAGCUGCAAGGAUCCGUUCACCUUCAACGCAACCCAGGUGGAAAACGAGAGGGGUGUGAGCGCGGUUCCGUGCGCGUCCGGUUGGUGCGGAAAGGUGAUAGAGGGGCAAGGAUCAUUCAGAGAAGACGACUACGACAUGGCCACUCAACGAAUGUGUGUGCAGCGGGGUCCAUCGGAUUCGGAAGAUCGCUGCGCGUACACGGUGUACAAUUACAAGAAAGUGUACAUGUGUUUCUGCCAGGGGGAUCUCUGCAACGGUGCAAUCGGCUCCAGCAUAACGACGCCAGCAACGAUACUCGCAGCGCUUGGCGGCGCACUCGUGAUGCUGGUCUAUCGACAGGAUCUCGUAACCCGCAUAUGUAUAAGCUGCCAAGAGAUUGUUCAACUAAUAAACACCUUCAGGGCGUUUUGUCAGCAAAGCGAAGUUUUGCUCGCCCAGCGAUGGUGCGUACUCGACUCGGACAACUGGGCUUGUCCCGAUAAUACAAUCAUUUUUCGGCAAGCAACGGAAUUGGUGCGACAGCACCUGCACCGAAUUGAAGCCUUCUCAAGUCAGAACGAUUGUAUAGAUAACAUCAAAAAAGGUCUGCUGGAGGUAGAAAAUUAUCCACAAGAGGAACAUUAUCUCGAGCCUUCCAUUGCUGACGCUGUUGAUGAGACGUCGGAAUUUUUGAAUGGGAAACAAGGGCAUACAGUUGAAUUGCUGUUAGAAACAGAACAAAGUGCAGAAUCGAGAAAAUAUGGCAUCAUCGAGGAAGUUAAUUUUGAGGAUUCUGAUUCGUGCCAGGACGAUGAACAAGGUCAUGAAACGCCCGAGAGGGCGAAAAGGGGUCGUGUGAAAUCCGCCAACAAGAGCGAUCGUCCGGAAAAAGUUAUCUGCUCCAUUUGUGGGGAACUGGUAUCACAGCAAGGACUCGAAGGGCACCUCAAUAGGCAUCUCGGAGUGCAACCAUUUGCCUGUGACAUUGAAGGAUGUGGAGCUAAACUGUACUCCAAAUUUGCUCUUCAGCAACACCGCAGCAGACAUAAGUCCACGAACCGGUACUACGACUGUGAGGUGUGUGGGAAACGCAUCAAGGGAACCGCUUACUGGUUGAUUCAUCGGAAAAUACACACCGAUGAACCCCGGUUUCAAUGUGACAUCUGUGGGAAGAAAUUUAGACGAAAAUGCAAACUAAAGGUACAUUCAACAGUUCACUCGGGGAUUGCGGAAUUCCCUUGUGAAAUAUGUGGGAAGUAUUUCACUGUGAAGCAUAACCUCACGGCACAUUAUAAGCUGCACAUGAAAAACGGCACGUAUCCUAAGGAUGCGGACUUCAUAAUGCAAUCGCAAAAGGAUUCGUUUGAACUGUUUGCCACAAUAGCUGCAGGCAAAUGCCGGCCGAUCCUCGUGGUUGAAGCGUUUGUGGCUUGCCAGCGCCAGCUCGUUGACGGCUUCCUUACCGCAAAUAUCACAUGUAACCGGUCCACCGGCAAGACACCGCUUGAGGUGAUUCUGGUAUUAGCUCGAGAACCUGGCACCUUCCGCACGAUGUCGGCUCAACAGUUCUCGCUCCGGUGGAACAACUACACCAAUUAUAUCACAGGGGCAUUUGAUUCGCUGCGCUAUGAGGAGGAUCUCGUAGACGUCACUCUCUGCUGCGAAGGACGCAAAAUUCGAGCGCAUAAAAUUCUGCUAUCAGCUUGCAGUGCUUAUUUCAAGGAAAUAUUCAAGGAAAACCCCUGUCAACAUCCGGUGAUCAUAUUCAAAAAUGUUAAAUACAGCGAUCUAAUGUCGAUCGUAGAGUUUAUGUAUCAAGGCGAGGUCAGUGUUGUGCAGGAAUCAUUGCCAUCGUUUCUGCACACGGCCGAGCUACUGUCUAUCCGUGGACUGACGGAUAACAGUGGCGACACGAGGCAGCAGCAGGCUCAGCAGGCCACGUCCUCUAUAGCCCAACAAAUCAUCCAAACCCAGAACCAGAGCUUGCUGGAUAAGGCAACGAUUACGACGGCGGAAUCCGUUUAUCUCACCUUGCCGUCUAAUUCCACCAUUGUUCAUCAACCCGCAAAAUUGCUGCAAGCUCAAAUACAAACAGCUCCUCAAAUUCUCAACAAAACCAUCAUCAAGACAACCCCCGCCGAGAUGCCAGCGUUGACCACUGCUGGAGCCACCAUAACCGUCCCGAUUUCCCAACCACAGCAGCAGACUAUCGCAGCCAAGAUUCAAGUUCAGCCCCAGCAGGUUGUGCAACAGCAACAGCAGGUUCACGUGCAAACACAGCAACAGAUUCAGACGCAGCAGCAAUCUCAGCCCCAGCAGCAACCCCAAGCAACCACACUUCAGGAGGUGGUCGAUAGUGUCGUCAGCCAACCCAAGAAGAAAAAAAUUAAGGUACAACAAAUAAUCACCUCGACCCCGAACCAAUCGAUAACGGUCUCUGGCGGCGCAGCGACUACCGCAACUGUCGUUACGACUCAGGUUCCGCAGAGUGCGAACCCAGGGGACACGGAAAUUUACGAAACAUCGACCGAGACGUAUCACAUAACUACCACCAAGGCAGAAUCGGAGGAAAAUCGUGUCCACGAACGUGAACAAGUUGUAGAAUCAUAUGCAGAAUCGGCCCAAACGGCGGGCGCUACGAUGAAAAUGGAAAUACCGGAAUUCGUAGAUUGCAGUGAAAGUAUCAACAUAACCAAUGCGAAUAAUAACACCUACAUACAAGAGGAAAGCUAUGAAUUGGUUGGCGAGAAUAUCGAGGAUAAAGACGUUGACGAUGAAGAUAUGAAUCAAGAUGGCAUCGAAAUGGAAGCCUCGGAUAUGGAUAUGAGUCGCAUAUUCCAAGGAGCGACGGACGAGCAAACGAAGGCGAAUCUUUUGCAAGACGCUGAGCUCCGAUUCCGCUGCAGUAUCUGCUGGAAGGGCUUCAAGCAUCCGAUGUCACUAACCCUGCACAAGGAUCUGCACUCGGGAAAAACCAAGUGUCCCGUGUGUUUGCGCUCGUUCUCCCGCAGCUACGAUAUGCGCAUUCACUUGAGCAAGAUUCAUAAGAUUACGCUCAAGCUAGACGCUAAGUUGAACAUUAAGAACAUCACCAACCUGAAGUAAGGAGGGAGAAUAAGAGGGAGAGAGAAGAUGCAUUUAUGUGAUAUCGUUUUUGACGAUUCUAAACUUUGGGUACCAUGGCUGAAGGGAUCUGUGUCUCUUCGAUAGUUCUUUCAUUUUUCGAUUUGAUGUCAGUUACUAUUCAAUUUGUGUGUCGUCUAUUGUGAACUCUGAUUUCUUUCGAAACUUUUCAAACUUCGUUUCACUAAUAUCUUAUGUGUCUAUAAUGGAAUAGAAGACGAAUAAAUUUUAACUAAUUUUAUUUUAUCUCAAACUUCACACAGUUGCGAUUUCGUUUAAAGAAUGCAAUAGGAUCCUGUAAGUCAUAGUAUAUUAACACGAUGAAUAGGAGGAUGAAUUAGGAGUUAUCAGUUUUAUAUUAUAUUUUAUGGAAUAGUUGCUUCCUAGAAGCGUGAAAAUGUGAAACAUUUCAUUUCAAAUUAUUUGUCUCAGUUAUACCCUAGUAACUGAAGUUAACUUGCAAGAACAACAAGCACCAAUGUUGCUGCGACCUUCGACGCAGAGUGGCGAUUCUCGCGACACAAAGCUUAGACUGAUGAAGUUGAUAAUAGACUAUUUAUUGUAAAAUGAAUUCUUAGAGCAUAUUGUAGAUUGGAUGAUGAAAAAUAAACUUAUCCAAGAAGUCUGUCAA